UGAAUCAAUAAGUAAGUCACACCAUGUCAAAAUAUUGUCAAAUAAAUGUGUACACGUAUCGUUUUCCAUAUAUAUAAUCAAUGGUCUACUUAAAAGAAAAAAAAAAAAAAAAAACUUUUUCUCUCUAUAGUUCUCUCCCUCAUUUCCACGCUUCCUUGUCUCUCUCACAUUGAAAACGGAAAACGAGGAAUUGUUGUUUGUUUCAAUCAAAAUGACAUAACACUAUUUGAUGCACCAUCGCCAUUAACGUCAAAUAAACCUUCGAAGAUCCAAACCUUCCACUUUGUACUACCAAACUGUAACUAAUCAAAGAAUGGGAAAAACAUCAAGCAAAGAAUGGACGCGGAUCUACCUCAUCUACGGAAUGGAUCAGUGGCAAACCUUCGUCUUCCUUCUCUGUCAAGCCGUUCUCUUCUCGAUUCUCUCAGUACUCUACCUUCACUACUUCAACCAAAUCUCCACCCUUUUUGAGACCCUUCUCUCCAUCGCCGCCGUACACCGCGGCGCCGCCCGCUUCGUGGCAGGGUUCACCGGCUCCGUCACGGCGCUCUCUGCCCUCUGCCUCUUCUACGCGGCGGCGAACUUUUUCUACUCCGCAGUGCCUCUUCAUUCUGAGAUGGCGCAGCGCAUGGUGGACACCGUCGACGAGUGGUCCACGGUGCGCUUAGCGCUUGACCUUGGCUGCUGCGGACGCGGCAUUUUGCUGAAUGCAUUAGCCGCCCGCCUUAAAAAGGAAGGAGGUUCGGGUCGGGUGAUUGGAUUCAGCGGUCCGAAUAAGGCCAGGUUAGCGGCGACGCUUCGGGCCGCUAAGGUAGAGGGAGUGGAGGAGUAUGUGACAUGCCGCACAGGCGACCCGACCAAACUGCCGUUCUUGGACGGCAGCUUCCACGUUGUGGUGUCCGGGACGUUUUUGCACACGGCGGGAAGGGGGCACAGGGCGGAGGUGGCUGCGGCGGAGAGGGGAAGGGCGAUGACGGAGGUGGUGAGGGUGUUGAAGGAGGGUGGCGUUGGGGUGGUGUGGGACCUUGUGCACGUGCCGGAGUACGUGCGGCGGUUGCAAGACAUGAAAAUGGAAGACAUAAGAGUAAGCGAGCGCGUGACUGCGUUCAUGGUUAGCAGCCACGUCGUGUCGUUCAGAAAGCCCACUCAACACGUGCAUGGCCCACCUGAGGUUAGGUUGGAUUGGAGAUUCUGCUGACGUGGAUUUUCUCACAUAUACACUACUGUCUAUGGAGAGUGAUGUCCUAUAUACAAACAGAACAAAACCAUUUUGUAUUUUUGUCUCAGUUUUUCAUUUUUUGUUUUCACUAUAAUUCUAUGAAGGGCAAGAAAAAUUUAUAUUAUAGUUUAUAUACACUCAAACUUUAGUUUGUUGAGUGCAAACUAAAUUUAGUUCACGAAUAAUAAGUUUCAUAGAAUAUUAUAUACUUAGAUGUGUUUAAAUUUAAUUUUGAGUUUCAAUUUCAGAUUGUAACUUGAGAAGGAAAAAGAAAAAAAAUCUUUUGGCAUUAAACUGUGAU